AUGGCUGACCACGAAUACAACGCCGAGGAGGCUGCCGAGAUCAAGAAGAGAAGACAGUUCCGCAAGUUUUCUUACCGCGGUAUUGACCUCGACCAGCUCCUCGACCUCUCCUCCGAGCAGCUCCGUGAUGUCGUUCACGCCCGUGCCCGCAGACGUUUCAACCGCGGUCUGAAGCGCAAGCCCAUGGGUCUCAUCAAGAAGCUCCGCAAGGCCAAGCAGGAGGCCAAGCCCAACGAGAAGCCCGACCUCGUCAAGACCCACCUCCGUGACAUGAUCGUCGUCCCCGAGAUGAUCGGUUCCGUUGUCGGUAUCUACUCCGGUAAGGAGUUCAACCAGGUUGAGAUCAAGCCCGAGAUGGUUGGCCACUACCUGGCUGAGUUCUCUAUCUCUUACAAGCCCGUCAAGCACGGUCGUCCCGGUAUCGGUGCCACCCACUCUUCCCGUUUCAUUCCCCUCAAGUAA